GUGAAAUAACGGUUUCUAUAGCAACAGUUCUUUUUUAUUGAUAUCAGAAUAAAUGGGAGUGCAAAAGUGCCUCCCAUCUUGGGGGUUUAAGGCCCGCCCUUUGGGGGCGGCUGCCUCAGCCAUCUAGGACCUGCUUAGCACUCUCUAAGUCUGAGACCUGCAGAGGAGCUAGCAGCCGGGGCACUACAGAGGAGCUCACAGCCCAGGACCUGCAGAGAAGUAAGGCUCGGAUCUGUUCUGCUUCACAUCUACGCUGUGAUCCAUGCUGUUAGGCUGAGCGUGUUCCAGGAGAAAGUGGAGGAAAGGAGAAUGACUAAGAGCAUCAGAGAAAGCUGUCUCAGCAACUGAACCCUUCAAAGUGUGGGUACUGGGACCCUGCCUCACCAAGCAUCCAUGUACUCAGAGAUCCAGAGGGAGCGGGCUGACAUCGAGGGACUCAUGGCCCGGCCAGAGUACAGAGAGUGGAAUUCAGAGCUCAUCAAACCCAAGAAGCUGCUGAACCCUGUGAAGGCUUCUCGGAGCCAUCAGGAGCUGCACCGUGAGCUGCUUAUGAACCACAAAAGGGGCCUGGGUAUGGACAGCAAGCCUGAGCUGCAGCGGGUCCUAGAGCACCGUCGCAGGAAUCAGCUGAUCAAAAAGAAGGAGGAGGAGCUGGAGGCCAAGCGGAUGCAGUGCCCCUUCAAGCAGGAGCUGCUGAGAAGGCAGCAGAGACUGAACCAGCUGGAAAACCCACCACAGAGAGACGAGGACCACGCCCCCGAGUUCAUCAAAGUCCGGGAAAACCUGCGCAGAAUCACCACACUGACCAGCGAGGAGAGAGCUCUGUAGAGCUGCCUCCACCCAGCUCCUGCCACUCAAUCUGGCCCAGCCCUCCUCCAGCCGGUCAGAACCUGAGGACCAUAGCCACAAUGCUGCCAGGCACACCUGAAAGACCAGCUACCCCUGGGAAGCAGGAGACCCCCACACACAUCCCCACAGGAAGGUCCGUGGACUUUUCCUUUUGAGCACCUAGCCUUCCUGCACCAGAGAGGAAGCCACUGCCAGGAAAACCCUCCAAAGGUGCCAUCCCUGAGCUGACUCACUGAGAUUUCCCUAGCAGAAGCGAGGAAGAGGGCCAGGUGUCCCUCCAUUCUGCCUCAGUUGCCCAAGCCCAAUAAGGCCUAUUUCUUGGAGCAUCUCAGCUCCUAGUGUUGGGAACAGCUCAACUCUGGCUCAGGCUGAGGCCAAGGACACCUGUUUUAGUAAUCACAGGGCAAGCAAAGAAGGCACCAGAUGUUUGUAGCAAGGAAGGGCAUGGGAGGCGACAGCAGGCAGGGCCAGGUAGGAAGGGUCCCAAGUAAAGCAGCAUUAGAUCUUGCCAGCUUGCCUCAUGGUUUGGCUUUUAAUGCUCCUCCCCACUGCCCGCCCUAAAUUACUAACUACACCUCACCUCAGAGCUCUGGCUUCCAGCCUAGAACAGCACAGUGCCAAGUUUACUAUGUACACAAAUCAGAGAGUCUUGUGAACAGUCCCUGGAAGCUACAUGUCUAUCACACUCCCGGAGGUGGUCCUGGACGUGGGUUUGAACAUAUAACUAGGCUGACGCGCCCAAGAGUGGUAUAUUAGAAAUAGCCAACUCUCUUGGCUCCCUGGCCUGGAGGUUCCCAGUGCCUCCUCUGAAGCCCCCAAAUUCUUCAUUCACUAUCCAUAGUGUUCCCACCACACACACACACACACACACACACACACGCAGAAACCCUUGGCCUGGUCAGGGAAUUAUAACCGCCAAUCUUCAUUUCUUACUGGUAUAAAAAUACUAUCAUACAAUUCUAGCCAAAAAGAAGGGGGUAAGAACCUUAGCUUUCUACAGCUUUUUGGAAAGCAACUAUACAAUGAUUUCCUCUGGAACAAUAUAUAUGCUAUUUUGAAGACCCCACUGCCAUGGUGAUGGCAUAAACUCUUAGGUCAAUAUUGCCAGCGCUGUCACCUGAGACCCUGCCCCUCCCUCCCCUCAGUCUGGGUCCUCCCCACCCAUUCUUCUUCCUAAAAAACCCCUUUCUCUGUGACACCCGAAUACUUGAAUCUUUUUGCUCCUAUGCCAUUUUUGAAGAUCUACAGAGUAAGCCGGGCCAGACUCCUUUCCCCUGAAGAAUGAAAUCCACGACUCACCUUUGCAGAUGGGAUGAGUACUUCCAGACAAGCAGAAGUUCUCACGCCCCAGAGCACAGAUUUCCCUGCUGGGGCACCAGUGGCUCUGCCUCCCGGAAAUGAUGGUGGGAUGGCCAGCAGGUUCUGACAGGGAAUGGAAAUUUAUCUCUUCCUUAGGGAUGCUGCCUGCAUGAAUGUGCAACACACAAACACCGUGUGUGUGUGUGUGUGUGUGUGUGUGUGUGUGUGUGUGUGUGGUGUGUUCUAACU